AUGAUUUAAAAUUCUACAACAAGUCCUCCAAACGAGGAUUCUCUAUGCAAACCUAUUAUUCAGCUCAUGUCAACUAUGAAUUAGCAAUAAAUGAGAGUGCGCAAGCCUUCUGAAGAGAGUCGAAAUAAAAAACAAUCUGAAACUCAACAAGCGAAAAAUACUCAUCCAAAAUCACCCACGUUAACACAAGUGAGUGUAUAGAUAGCAUCAGAUAGAGCAUCACCUCAUAAUCAAUAAGAUUUGCUUCUCAUUAAUGAGGAACCCAGUAACAAGGAAGAUUCCCAAUAAUUAAGCAUGAUUAAAAAAAGAAACGAUUCAGAUCAAUUAUUUAAAAAGUCUGUCUUUAAUAAGAAUAGAAGUUCCCAUUCCUCCUUUUCCUUACUUUACAAAGAAAAAGCCACACUUAUAUAGAAUAUAAUUAUUACAAAAAAGCAAUUUAAGUUGAUUAAUGAUUUGUCAGCCCAAUACUUUGUCCCAUUAAAAGAUAAAUUAGAAAAAGUCUUUCAUCAUGAAUGGACCCCGAAACUUUUCAUCCUAUGUGUUUACAUCAUUUUUCUGUUAUUUUAUCUCACCAUAUUACUAAUCGAGAUUGGGUGCAAUCAUUUGGAAAUAUCGAAUUUGGCUAUAUUCUAAUACAUCAUGCUGAUUACUUAAAUAAUUGAGUUAACAUAAUAAAUAAUAUACUACAAGGGAGACAUUAUGAAUAUCAUUAUUGAUAAUUUAGGACUUAUAUCAUUUAUUUCGUAUUAGAUUCACAAUUUGCAAUCUCAGAAGUUAAUAAUUAAGAGAAUUAAUAAUUGUAUUUAGAAUUUAAACUUUUACUCCAAUCAAUAAGAUUACAUCUUUGUAAUUCAAGUGACCAUUUAAUUACAUUUUUCCACCUGUCUUGCCUAAACCAUCAUAUUCAUGUUCUCUCUGAGUGAAUAGGACUACAUCGUUUACAUCCAAAACAUAUUCACCUUAAUAUUUGUUACUCCACAAAUAAUUGCCCAAUAUUACUUUGUAAUCUACUUGAUUAAAAUACUAUUGAUAAUAUUUUACUUUUAUAAGUUCAAGCAAAUACUCAAUUACCAGUCCCUUAAUCUUGAUUAAUAAUUCAAUUACGAGCCAAAUACAUAAAAGUUGAUAUAUGAAUACAGUCAUCAAAAACAAAGAUAAAUCUUUGACAUCAAUUUGAUGCCGAACUUUUUGUAAAAGAAAAUGAAGAGAGAAAAGUAUUUUAAGAUUUUGUCCAGCAUCCCCAUCUUGAAUUCAUCAUUCUCAACUUAGACACUCCUCAAUAUUUGUGAUCUCAUACAUGAACAAAUAUUGAGGCCAAACGAAAUUAUUUUACAAAAACCAGCUUUAUAUAUUCACUUACAAGGAGUCAUUUAAUUAUUUUAAAAAGGGGAUUCAUCCUUAUAAGAGUUUAAAAUAACUAAAAUUAAAAAUCCAUUUCAAAUCUUUAAUAAUGGAGCCUUCUUUAAAAAUCAGAUGUAAGGGAUUUAAUUUGAGAGCUUAGGAUACUCAAAAGUGGCUUGCUUGAAUUCUCAUUAAUUCCAUUAAUUAAUAAAACAGUGUCCAAGAGAAUUCUAAAAGUAUAGAAUGCUCAUCGACACCAUUUUACUUCAUAAUGAUCCUUAUCUAACUAGUAUUUCUUGUUUUGGGUGUCACUAAGCGCAUGAAAUAACCUAAUGUCCAUUUGUAAAUUACAAACCCAAUAAAUAUUUGAUAAUUAAUGGUUAUAAAUUGAACAAUCAAUAGAGUAGAGUAUCUGAUUUUAGAAGAGAAGUUCGUAGAAAAAGAAAAAUCAUAAUAAAAUAGGAAAAUAAUUAAGAAGAUUCAGAGUCCUUCGAAUCUGAGGAGAAGGAUAAAGUGGCAUCCUUUAAUAAGAUUCUCCCCUCCUCCAACUCUUCUUUGAGUUCUAACCCAAUCAACCAAUUAGAAUUGAGUUCUGUUCCUUAUGUCAGUUAUUCUCACAGUGGAUAGACUUUGUAUUCUAAAAAAAUGGAUUCAGAAAACUUCUUCUCAGCUCAAGGAUUCAGCAGUAGCAAUAGCAGUAAAAAAAUAAUUUAGAAUGAAUUCAAAGAAGUAGGGCAAUCUAAGUUCUAAAAAUAUGGCCAGUAGGAAGAAUAGCAAGGGUCAUCCUUUUAAUGCAAUCCUUUAUAGAAGGUGUAGGAUAGUCUAUUUCACAAUAAGAUUAAAAUAAAAAAAAGUAGAGUGGAGAAGCAAACACAAUUUUAGAAGUAUCAGACAGACAUUCAAUAGAAGUAGUCAUAAAGGAAUUCAAGGAAAAACUAAACUAUGAUGAAAAAAAAGAAGAACUUCAAUUGA